CCAAUACCAUGGACCACUCAAGCAUGCAUGCAUGAGCUUUUUACCGUCAAUGAGAGGUCGGUAACAUUCCGUCUCCCAUUCCCAUCCGUUCGCUCCAACCGAGACAGCUUACAUGGGUUCAUUAUCUGCAAGACAAAAACAAACUCUGUUUGCAUUCCCUUUUUCAACUCCUGCAACGCAACCUCUUUACCACACGGACUCUGUGUGCCGUGCAUACAUUUCCUUUUUCCUCUCCUGUUUAAUUUCCACACUGCGGCCAUUGACCUCAUAAUGUCUCUACCAACACACACGGCAGAAGCCACGCAUGAGAAGUCAGCGACCGUGAGCUCAUCACCCACGGGCGAUGAAAGCUCAAACCCCCCUAGCAUCUCCCUGUCGUCCUUCCAGAAGCUGAAUAAUCGCAUCGAAGGCCUCGCUGGGCUUGAAGCCCGAGGUAUUGAGCGUGUUCUUCCAGAGGAACGACAAGAAGCUUCUAGUGCUGCUGACUUGCAGGUUGCGGUGCUAUGGUUCAGUGCGAAUCUGUCGCUGAACAACCUGGCGACGGGUCUGUUUGGACCCAUGGUCUUUGGCUUGGGAUUUCUUGAUAGCGCGUUGCUUGCUGUCUUUGGAACGAUUCUUGGGGCUUGUUCAACGGCGUACAUGGCGACUUGGGGACCGCAGAGUGGGAAUCGUACCAUGGUUGUUCUGCGAUACUUCAUGGGUUACUGGCCAUCUAAGCUUCCGACAUUCCUCAACAUCGUUCUCAUGGUCGGAUAUGCUACCAUUGACUGCAUUAUCGGUGGACAGGUCUUGUCAGCCGUCAGUGGCGGAACCAUGACCAUCUUGGUUGGCGUCAUCGUCGUCGCUAUCGUCUCAUGGGUCGUCGCCGUCUUUGGCAUGAGGAUCUUCCAUACUUAUGAACGAUACGCUUGGAUCGCUCAGGUCGUUGUCCUUGCCGUGCUUAUCGGCGUUGCAGGGCCCUCCUUCAAUGCCGCCGCUAAACCCACUGUCUCUGGCAAUGUACUCGCUGCCAGCCGAUUGUCGUUCUUCUCCCUCUGUUUCUAUGUCCCCAACUCAUGGGCUGCUGCUGCUUCUGACUUUUAUGUCUACUACCCGGAGCGCACUUCCCGCCUCAAGGUCUUUUUGCUCACUGUCACUGGAUUGACAGUGUCGUUUACCCUUGUGUAUCUCAUUGCUAUUGGUCUUGCUACUGGUAUUGUUGAUAACAAGGCUUGGUCUGAUGCCAAUGCCAUCAGCACUGGUGCUCUCAUUGUCGAGGCUUAUAGUCCUCUUCAUGGCUUUGGCAACUUCUGCUCUGUUAUCAUCGCCCUUGGUGUCAUUGCCAACAGUACUCCAUCUUUGUACUCCGCCUCACUUGGAUGCCAGGUUCUCGGUCGCUAUACUAAGGCUGUUCCACGAUGGGCCUGGUCAACCGUCAUGUCUGUCAUCACUCUCGUCCUCGCUAUGGCCGGUCGUGAAAGCCUGUUCGUUGUUUUCCAGAACUUUGUCAGUCUGAUGGGUUACUGGGUCAUGCUUAUGAUUUGCAUCGUCAUGGAGGAACAUUGGUUCUUCCGAGGUCGCCAAGGUUUUGACUGGACCGCUUGGGAAGACAAGAACUAUCUUCCCAUUGGUCUUGCUGCUCUUGCAAGCUUCAUCAUCGGUUGGGUUGGUGCUAUCCUCGGCAUGUCCCAGGUUUGGUACAUCGGUCCUAUUUCUAAAGCUGCUUCUAAUGCGGAUUUGGGAAUGUGGCUGGGUUGCGGAUUCGCUAUUAUUGUCUUCCCUGUCUUGCGAUACUUUGAGCUCAAGAUUUAUAAGCGAUAGAGGAGACGUACGCGUAUGGGGCAUUUGAAAGGGGUAAAAUUGUAAUUGGAUUACUUCAAAUCCCAUAAAUAAAUCAAUAUCAAGACAGACGUUCUGCCAUCCAAUUCGACUACAACCUACAAUCUGCUAUAGUUACCCGACUAACCUGAGCCAUUUGAGUUGUUGAGUCCAUUCCCCCAACUCAUAUUAUGUAGUGCAU